UACAAAAUUGCCACUCCAGUCAACACAACGCAACACGAACACACGCUCUUCUUCUCCCUCACCUCACCACCCGAAAACGCACGUGCACCUCUGCUUUUCAGUUUUCUCCCUCACCAGAACGCUAAACGCCGCCGUUUCUCGCCGUUGCGACUGUGAGAGAAAUGGCAAAUCAAGGUGCUAAAAAACGCAAGGAAGAGAACACUCGUCACAUGGCUAGGAUCCGCCGUAUCAUCAUUGCCUGCAACGUUAUUUAUGUAGUAAUUAGGAUGUUAAUCUUCCAUUCUAGCUUCACAUGGAAGCAUUGGAUUGGCUUGGUUGUGACUUCUCUAGCAUAUUAUUUUCCCUAUCAACAACUUGCUAAGAUGGCAAACCCAAGUUACGCCGAUGAUGGUGAACUUUUAGAUGGUGGGUUUGAUAUGACUACUGGUGGAGUUUGCGGCUAUUUACAUGACGUUAUCUACAUAACAAGCUUUGUGCAAGUCGCGUCCAUUAUCUCUGGAAAGUUCUGGUACAUAUAUCUUGUGAUACCAGCAUUUGGAGCAUACCAAUCCUUUGGCCUCAUUAAAGGAUUUUUGCCACAAGGUGGUUCAGAGGAAGUUGAAGAUGAAAAGACCCGCAAAAAGAGGGAAAAGUUGGAGAAGAAGGCAUCCAGACCUAAGUUUGUCAAGACCAGAACUAGAUAGUUUGCUGGAAUGUAACCCCAGUUGCCCAAUAUCAACCAAAUAUCCCAAACUGAUGGAGGGUUUCCGUGUAAUGUACAACAAUUUUCUUUUAUUUUAAUGCCCCUCCAUUUGCGGAAAGAAACAAGAAAACAAGAACAUGUAUCCUUUACACAAUUUGUAAAAGUUCUUUUAUGAGCUAACCUCUUAUGGGAUACUUGGAUUAAGAGUUGUCAAAGCAAAGAUGCUUUACAUCAAAUUACAUGAAACAUUGCAAGAGUGAAUGGUGUGGAA